AUGUUGAAUAUGUACGGCAUUGUGAUAUUGAGUUUCGUAUUUGUCAGACUAUCGGCAGGCUACGAUAUCGAACUAUGCAAAGACUAUGGUCAAUAUUUAGUGGAAUGUUGCAAGAAUGAGUUUCCAACAAACAGAGUUACGGUACCAGAUGAUAUAUCGGAAUGCCAUUCUAAGAAUCUUUCACGGUGCGAGCAAGAUAUGUGUGAAUCUAAAAAAAUGGGUUUUGCUACCGAUGAUGGUAAGCUAGACACAGUCAAAUUGGUGCACAUCAUGUUCAAAAAAGUUGAAGAUGACCCAAGUUUAAUGGCUGAUGUCACAUCAAAAUGUAUUAAAGGUGAUUUCAGGAUUUACGCAACCGAUAAAGAAUGUGAUCCCAUGAAAUUUUUUCGUUGCCUUUCAAUGCAGUGGUUAAAACGCUGUACAAACUGGGAUGACAGUUCCAGAUGUCAGGAAUUUAAGGGAUUCGUUCAAGAAUGUGUGAAUUUCUUUCCAUGA